UUUUCCCAAUUAGACAGGAACACGUGAACCCUCCACCCCCUACUUAGAGACGGGCAAAUGGGGCACGCGUGUCUUCACAGAUACACGCAACACUCCGAAUGUCCAGGAAAACAAAAUUGUGUGCUUUGUGAGUGAAACACGACAGACAAGAGAUAUGCACGCUCUAGUGAACGCCUUCAUGCGCUGUUUCUCCUUUCUCCUACCUCCUUCUUGGCUUUGUGUCAGCUCUUGCUUGUGGGUUGGGAAUGACUACGAAGACGCGCUGCAGCGGCCCAAUCCGAGAGCUCGUUUCAAAAGCAGAAAGCCUCUUACAUAUGAGGAAGUAAGAGCGGCAGCAGAAGGAGGCUCCAGCCCCUCGGUCUCACUAGGUCCAGGCUGCGUCUCGCUGGCCGCUACAAGCCCCGCUGCACCUCAGGGCCCGCCGACGGCUCGGAUCUGGAUCGGGGCUCUCUGGCGAGCCGUGGAGCGCGUCUUUGGAGCCCCCUGGGUCUUUCUCCGCCACCGCUGGUGUCCGAAGAAGCGUCGAACAGCGUUGCGCAUUCCGUGUCCUGCCCGCGCCUUUGAGCCGAGGCAGAUUAGACGCUUCCAGGCAGCAGGCGCAGAGACUGCCGCUACUACCCCGGACUGGGAGGGACCCGGCGGAGCCGCCUGGACCCAGUGGUGCAACAUGAGCGGGACCGUAGGGGUCCUCGGCGUGAGCCCGGGCGAGGGAGCCACGGAUGCGCUGACGGACCUGAGCGUCGAUGAGGUAAUCACCGUGGACCAGCACUCGCAAGAGAUGGGCACGGUGACGAUCACCGUGGCGAUUCAGGCGGCGGAGGACGAGGAGCCGGAGGAAGAGCGCUCCGGUAAUGUUGAGUGCCUCCGAGGCAGCUGUAGCGAAGACGAGCUGGGGAGGCACGACAAAUCAAGAGGUACAAGCUGGAUGAUGAACCAAAUGGGGGCAAAGACAGAUCCCUGGGGAACACCACUGAGAACCAUGGUGCAGGCACCAGUGGAGGGGAGUUGGAGGAGGAGAGCUGGCAGCCCCCAG